CACAAUAAGACGUCAGCCAGUAAGUCACUCACCUUAAACACAUCACUGCAAACGUCAUCGUUUCAACGUCGUUACACCAAUCUCCCCACCAAUAUAUACAACCCACACAAUCUUCCAUGCAUGAAUACACUCAUCGCCAGCCAACCAAUCAACCAACCAAGAAUGUCGAAACCACACAUCCUCAUCGUAACAUUCCCAGGGCAAGGCCACAUUAACCCAACUCUCCAGUUCGCCAAACGCCUUAUCCGCACCGGUGCAACCGUCACCUUCGCCACAACUAUCUCCGCCCACCGCCGCAUGCCCAAAGACCAAACUACCACUCCCAAAGGCUUGUCUUUCGCCACCUUCUCUGACGGUUGCGACCAAGGCUUUAAACCAAACGAUGACAUUGAACACUUCAUGUUUCAGUUCAAGCAUUACGGCAUUCAAAAUCUCAGAACCCUCAUCACGACUAUCAAUCAAGACCGUCCCAUUACACGCGUUGUAUACUCUCUACUACUUCCUUGGGUUGCCACUGUGGCGAGUGAGUUUCACAUUCCUUCAACGCUUCUCUGGAAUCAGCCAGCUGCUCUACUCAACAUAUAUUAUCGUUACUUCAACGGUUAUGGAGGCUUGAUUAAGGAGAGAGUCGUUAAUGACCCCUCCUUUUCAGUUGAAUUACCGGGACUGCCGCCGUUGACUAGCGUUGACCUUCCCUCGUUUUUUCUUCCUUCAAAUGUUUACGCGUUUGCACUCCCUCUGUUUAAGGAGCAUCUGGAGAUAUUAAACUCUGAAACCAAUCCGAAAGUACUUGUGAACACUUUCGAUGAAUUAGAAUUCGAGACGUUGAAAGCUUUGGACAAGUACAAUUUGGUUGGCGUUGGGCCUUUGAUUCCAUCUGCUUUUCUGGACGAAACAGAUCCCUCCGAUACUUGCUUUGGUGGUGAUUUGUUCAAAAAAGGAUCCAAUGAUUACACAGAUUGGUUGAACUCAAAAGAUUCAGGAUCUGUGGUUUAUGUCUCAUUUGGAAGUCUGUCUGUGCUUGCGAAGCCUCAAAUGGAGGAAAUGGCACGUGCUUUGCUUCAUACUGGAAGGCCAUUUUUGUGGGUUAUAAGAGAACAAGAGGGAGAAGGUACCGAAAAAGAAGAAUUGAGUUGCAGGGGAGACUUGGAGAAACAGGGGAUGAUAGUGCCAUGGUGUUCACAAGUGGAAGUUUUGUCUCAUUCUUCAAUCGGAUGCUUUGUGAGUCAUUGUGGGUGGAAUUCGACUUUUGAGAGCUUGACUUGUGGGGUUCCAAUGGUGGGAUUUCCACAGUGGACUGAUCAACCGACAAAUGCGAAGCUUGUCCAAGAUGUGUGGAAAACAGGGGUGAGGGUUGCAGAGAGAGAUGAUGGGUUAGUUGAAACUGAUGAGAUUAAGAGGUGUUUGGAUUUGGUUAUGGGGAGUAAUGAAGGAGGAGAAGAGAUUAGAAGAAAUGCCAAGAAAUGGAAGGCAUUGGCAAAAAAGGCUGCCAUGGAAGGUGGGUCUUCAGACAAGCAUCUCAAGACAUUUGUGGAAGAGGCUGCACAAGAAUAAGAUAAGUAAGAGUUUGGUGAUUUAAGUUUUCUGGUAAUGAAUAUUUUCCAGUAUAAUUGUUUUUGGAUUUUUUUUUCAUAAAUAUUUGAAAGGGUCAGAUUCUUCAUCAGAAGAUUUGUCUAAUUGAAAACUUUUUUUUUUUU